AUGCUGAAGGGAGAGACUGAAUUCCACACAAACAUGACCAUUGAGGCCGCUCAAUGCACUUUGGACUGGUGCAUCAACAGCUACGAGGCUUCGGUCACAAAUGGUCGACUAUCGGAACGUGUUCUGAGAUCGUGGCAACCUCUAAAGGAGCAAUGGGUAUUCACCGAGGGUGAAUUGAUGGCCGCUGUGGACUCGACCGCCCCAAGGUUACCCGGAGCAAAUGACACAUCAAAUUACACUAUCUCGAUACCAGCCGAAACCAGUUUGGGUAAUUGGUUAGCGGGAAAAUUUACCUUUAGUGACAGUUAUGCAGUAACUGUGGGGGAUAGGGGCGAGUUUUAUUGGAUGCCAGAUGUCUCAAAUGACCCUUCCAAUUACCUGGAAGUAGAUGGUGGCUUCGGAUUUCUUCACGCAACAUCCGAUACCCUUCCCUUAUUCCGAACAGGAAACACAUCGGAGAUUAUAUCCAAACUAGCCAAAGCUAUCACAUCAUACAUCAGGUCCCUCAAUGAGACGGAAAAAACUUUUGAGCGUUACUUGGAAUACAACGUAACCGGUGUGGGACCUGUGAUUGGGAUAACGUAUGCUUCGCAUAUCUACAUCUCUGUGCAAUGGCCAUGGCUCGCUUUCUCAGGCUCUCUAUUGGUAUUGACAAUCAUUUUCUUUGGACUCGUCGCCGCUCAGUCAGCGAAGGACAGCGUUACUAUUUGGAAAUCUUCUCCACUCGCACUUCUCUUCCACGGGCUGAAUCCAGGGACAUUAGGAAGACUGCAAGAUACGAUGGAAGUAGAAGAUAUGAAAAUUAGAGCGAAGGAGAUGAGAGUGCGACUUCGUCAUGAGGAGUCAGGUGCGGGACUUGAAUGUGUAAACAGUGCGUAGACGUACACCAGUUUCAUCGUUUCUUAGGCUUUACCUCCAGAGUUUACAGCUUUAAACCUUAUAUGUAGUAAUUACAAGCUUAUUUGUUACUUUUUCUAAGUAUUUGUAAAACUAGAUAUUAAGAAACCAAUGAAACUUUACUUAAGGUAGGUAUAGAUAGAGAAGUA